UGCGAUGUGUGAGCUAUAACUGGACACACGGGUGGUCGCUCUUCCCCGCUGGCGACCCGUAGCAUGUGGCCCUUUGACCCGCCGAGGCGGGGUGAGAGGUCGGGUGGCCAUCUUGUGACAGCGGUGGCGGUUUGUUGUUGGUGAGGCCCCGCCGCGCCCCCUCCCCCUCCCCCCCGGGCGGAGCAGGCCCCGGGGCCGGGCCGGGCCGGGCGGCGCCAUGUCCUCCUUCUCGGAGUCGGCCCUGGAGAAGAAGCUCUCGGAGCUGAGCAACUCUCAGCAGAGCGUCCAGACCCUGUCGCUGUGGCUCAUCCACCACCGCAAGCACGCCGGGCCCAUCGUCUCCGUGUGGCACCGGGAGCUCCGCAAAGCAAAAUCAAGUAGGAAGCUUACAUUUCUAUAUUUGGCGAACGAUGUCAUCCAGAACAGUAAAAGGAAGGGUCCUGAAUUCACAAGAGAGUUUGAAUCUGUUCUUGUGGAUGCUUUUUCUCAUGUUGCCAGAGAGGCAGAUGAGGGCUGCAAAAAGCCCUUGGAGCGAUUGCUUAACAUCUGGCAAGAAAGGAGCGUGUAUGGCGGCGAGUUCAUACAACAGCUGAAACUUUCUAUGGAGGACACCAGUAGCCCUCCACCAAAAGUUACAGAGGAGAAAAAGUCCUUGAAGCGGACAUUUCAGCAGAUACAAGAGGAAGAAGAUGAGGAUUACCCUGGGAGCUACUCACCCCAGGACCCCAGCACUGGGCCAUUACUGCUUACAAGGAAGUAUGUAUGUCAAGCAGACAGUGAACAUCCUUUGGUUCUUCAAGCCAGCAUAAACAUUGAAAAGACGGAGGACUUGAUCAAAGCCCUGCAGGACCUGGAAAAUGCAGCAUCAGGAGAUGCCACAGUGCGGCAGAAAAUUGCCUCACUGCCACAGGAAGUUCAAGAUGUGUCACUGCUGGAGAAAAUUACAGACAAAGAGGCAGCAGAACGUCUUUCGAAAACGGUGGAUGAAGCAUGUUUGUUACUAGCAGAGUAUAAUGGGCGGCUGGCAGCAGAGUUGGAAGACCGACGCCAGCUGGCACGCAUGUUGAUUGAGUACACUCAGAACCAGAAGGAUGUAUUGACAGAGAAAGAGAAAAAGUUAGAAUUGUACCUGAGGAGGGACAUGCUUUCUGUAAACCUACCAUCAUACUACAGCAUGGUAAAAAGGAGUAUAAACAGAAGCUUGCUCGGGUAACCCAGGUCCGCAAGGAGCUGAAAUCUCACAUCCAGAGCCUUCCAGAUCUGUCGCUGCUGCCCAACGUUACAGGAGGCCUGGCACCUUUGCCAUCUGCUGGUGAUCUGUUUUCAACUGACUAGGACUAAUGGUGCCUGCAUUUACUAAUUCCCCUUAGUACCAGCAGAAGUAAGAAAACUCUCAUGUUGACUGGAAAUCCAGUCUUCCAAUGAUCUACCAUAGGAAUGAACAUACAGACCCUACUUUCAACCUACCAGCUGCACAUGCGUGCUCUCUGUGUACAGUGUCUCAUGUUGAGGGGAAGAUGGAGAGUGUGUGUGUCCAUGUUCUGAAGGGAGUGGGUAUAGAGUCCAUAUAUAUUUUGAAAAGAAACUUUUCUCACCCUUUCUGUACUCAGAUUAGUUUCCGUUUGCUCUUAGCACUUGUUACUCCCACAGAAGUCAUAAGAAUCAUGUACAUAUACCUUGAAAGUUUUCAAAGAAAUGUUUUGUGUUUUUUCUCUCUAAAAGUGUCUGAUGAUUUCUGAAUCUGUUUUGUGUGUGUGUUGGGUUUCUGACGUUCAAAUCUAUAAGCAGUAGAGUGGCUAAUGUGCUUCAUGGGGGCGUGUGCAUGUGUGUACUGUACCAUCCUGGGAUCCGGGGGCAUGUCUACAGAGCAACAGUACAGGUAACCUGUUGUUAAAUCGAUAGUUGCUGUUACUGUUGUAGGAAUGACCUCAAGGUGGCUCCUAUUUGGUAUGGUGCCUAUGUACGUACACUGAGACUCGCACUAUGGGCAGUAGAAAUGAACAGCUUGUUUUUGUGAAUUAGAGAUAACUUCAUAACUUGCACUGUGCUGAGCAAUGCAGAACUGGUUACUAGGCAUGAGUAGAAGUGAAUUUUAUUCCAACUCCCUUGUAUUAUAUUUAUACCACAUUUUCCCUCUGUAUUAUAUAAAUGUAAAUGCCACAGAAGUUUUAACUAGCCAAGAGGUUGGAGUGGUGGAAUAAAACUAGUGAUAUCUCAAAUAGGUACUGUAACUUUCUUUGUGAACUUGAGAAUGGCUAUAUUGAAAAUCUUGUUCUAUGAAUUUUGUCUCCUUAGGUUAAAUAAGUGAAUUUAUUUGAUGGACUGAAGUUAAAUGUGGUAUAAAUAUUUUAUUUAUAUAGCGUAUCAACAUAUACAGACCUGUAUGUAUAUGUAUAUACACACAUCCUGUAUACCAUACAUCAAUAUACAUGAGCAUGUAUAUAUUGGGAGGAUGUAUGUAUUUUCGUAUCACACAUUAAUGUGAGUUGAUUUUUUUUUCCCCAGUAAAAAUUGAAAAACAAAUUAAAAAAAAACCUAAUUCUAAUUCCAUGAUCAUGCGAGCUAAUGGUAUAACUACCAUGGAUGUAGUUAGGUUUAAAUUUUUGUGUAUUAGUUUUAG